UUGCCACGGAUUUUCGGUAUUUUAUCAUAGCAAAAGCCUAGCCAUAUCUAACAUUGCAACGAGUUGUAACUUUCCAAUGGCAAAAUUGCCAAUGCAAGCGUCUUAAAAUAUUGGGAAAAAUCUGACUGAAUAUUAUUCUUACACAUACUGUAGGUAUCUCAAAAUUUAAAUAUUCUGCCAUGGCAAAAUUUCGCCUAAGUAUAGCCAUGGCAAAUUUAAACAAAGCAUUAAUUGUGAAUUAUCAUUAAAAUCAUCCCAAUCAUCAUCAUUACCAUCAACAUUACCAUUAUUAUCAUUGUUCAUCAUAAUAGUCAUCAUGAUAAACACCAUCAUUUGCAUCUAGGUGCUCAUUCGGAUAUCAUGUUGGGUAGGAAGUCAAUGACUAUCGGUGUAAUUGGUUAUUGCUGUUUUUUCCAAGAAAGCUAUGGUGGCGCAGAGAUAUGAAUAAAAAGUUUUUAAAUCGGUAUUCGAUGGACAAAUAAAACAAUUAAAAUAGAACAACAAAAAAAACCAUCAAGCAUCACUAACAUCCUUAUAAUCAUCAUCAUUACCAUACCAUUCUAAUUCCAUCCCAAUUAGCAUUAUUCCCAUCAGCAUCCCAUUAUUAAAUUUAUAUUAUAAAUAGUUACAAAUCAUCAUCCCAUAAUCGUAAUAUGCGCCAUCUUUCUCAUCUUCAUCGUCGUAAUUUUUAUGUCAUAUUCAUCUUAAUCAAAUUUAUAAACUUAUUAUAUUUAUUUAUAUUGAUUAUGAAUUAUUUAUAUGCUUUUCAAUAUAUCUCAAUGCAAUAUAUAACAUAAUGUAUGGACGGACUCUUAUAUCAUAAUUAAUAAUGCAAUUCCAUUUCAGCAAUUUCAGCCUGUCCUUUUGUGUAUGUACAAAUACAUACACAUUCAUACAUUCAAAAAUUAAAUAUUUGAGAAAAAAACCACGCGACGCUUCAAAUAGAGAGGUUUUUUAUAAGUGUCUAAAUAUCAAUGAUAUCUUUACAUAUUCCUUUUUUAAUGAUAUUCGUUUUGCGAUCUAAACGUUCAGAGGUAUGUAUGACAAGUGUCAUAUUUAUGCACUGCCGUGUCUACGUAUACGUUCUGCGCUAGUUGUUGCAAAGAAAAGACCAGGAAGGUAAUAAAAUGGGACUCUUAUUUGACCCUGAUACGUUGUAUCUAGGUAUUUACUUCUGUUUGAAAUUUUCACGUUAGAAUUUUUUUUGCACAAUAAGGUUUAAAUAACGAAAACAUAUCAAUGAUGAAAAGGAAUUAUGUUCCUUAAAUAAACAUAAGCAAUUUAUCUGGGUAAUUUUAUGAUUACAAACUUACACGUCCAUAAGACAGUCGAAUGCUAUGAUUUCAUAUGGACACAGAAUGAAUAAAUGAAUGAUCGGACGAACGAACGAACGAACGGAUGAAAAGGAUGAAUGAAUGAAUUCAUCAAUUAAUGAAUGAAUUAAUUCAUGAAUGAAAAUUAAUAAAUAAAUGAAUAGUAUGUAUAUAAAAUUAAGCGGUAGCUCAUUAUUUCGAUUUAGAUCUGACAAUCUUUUUGAAAAUUGACAAUUUUAAGAUUUCUAAUUCUUUUAUAAAAAUGGUUUAUUAUAAGAAUCUUUAGCUAAUUGUCACUUGUCAUCACUAAUAGCAUCUAUAACAAGGUUCAUUACUCUUGCAUCUUUUUUUUCCAAGAAUCAUCUUCGUUUCAAUCACAGAACUUUGCUUUAAAAAUGUUUAAAUUUCACUCUUACUAUCAGUGUUACUGAACGGAUGAUUACUUCAGGUCCAUCGUUGUAUCGAUACACUAUAUAUGUGUAAAUUUUAUAAUUGAAGCUUUUAAUAGUUCAGACUUUCUUUAUUGCGCCCAGUAUUUUAAAAGUCCAGCGUAUCAUAUCCGCUUAUAGCUCCUGAUGAUUUGAUUUUCUCCUCUAUAUUAAGAAUGCAUGGACCCAGAUGCUGACGAUGAACAAUAUGAUUCAAGAAUGCCUCCCGAUGCCGCAGCACCUCCGAUUGAAAAUAAACCAUCGCCUGGACCCAUACGGCGACGAAGGAAAACGUUGCACGAAAGUUAUGAUACGGUACAGCUUCGGGAAAUUGAGCAAACACACACACCAGGAUCUCCAAUUCUAAGUACAGAACGAGAACAAGAAGCACACACAGAUCCUGCAUUUCAUGUACAAUCAGGUCACGAUACGAUAUCAGUACCUCAACAAAAGCCUGAAAAAUAUAUAGCUUUGUACGAUUACGAACCAAGCUCGGAUGAUGAUAUGGAAAUCAAGGCAGGACAGGUUGUGACGGUUUGGGAAAAAUGUGGUGAUUGGUUCUGUGGUGAAGCAAGCGGGAGAUAUGGAUACUUCCCUGGGAAUUAUGUACAGAAAGCUGAAGAUACAGCUGCACCUCCGAUUGCAAAGAAACCAUCACCUGAUACGAUACUGCGACGAAGAAGCAUGUUGGAUAUAAGAACGGAUACGAUACCUACUCAUUACGUACAUCGUCGGGACAUUGUGCAAACCCAAUUACCAGAAGCAAGUGGGAGACGUGGAAACAUCCCUGGGAAUUACCUAAGGAAAGCAGCUCAAGAUAUUAAUCCAGGUGCGGACUUUACAAAUGAAUUGGAGAAGGCAUUACUUCGUCGCCGUGCUAAGUCAGAAGAAAUUGUUCUUAAAGAAGAAUAA